CUUUUCUCUCUGUUUCCCUCCCUCAGAUCAGAAACAAUGGCGGCGAGCGAGCACACUGUAUUGCAGUUCACCGCACCAUCAUCAACGAGCCUAUCGGCGAAGGUGCACCCUCUGGUCUUAUUCAACAUAUGUGAUUGCUUCGUAAGGCGACCGGACCAGGCGGAACGCGUCAUCGGUACUCUCCUUGGUUCAGUUCUCCCCGAUGGCACCGUCGAUAUCCGGAACUGCUACGCCGUUCCUCACAAUGAGUCUCCCGAUCUGGUUGCCUUGGAUAUUGAUUACCAUCAUAAUAUGUUAGUGUCCCACCAAAAAGUGAAUCCUAAAGAAGUCAUUGUGGGAUGGUUUUCUACUGGGCUUGGAGUUACUGGUGCAAGUGCAUUGUUCCAUGAUUUUUAUUCUAGAGAAGUUCCCAAUCCUGUUCAUCUGACAGUGGAUAUGGGAUUCACAAAUGGAGUGGGUACCAUAAAGGCUUAUGUUUCUGUCAAUUUGUCCAUUGGAGACCGACCGCUUGUUGCCCAAUUCCAAGAAAUUCCGCUUGAUCUUCGAAUGGUUGAAGCUGAGCAAGUUGGGUUUGACAUCCUCAAGACAACAUCGAAUGAUAAACUCCCAAGUGAUUUGGAAGGAAUGGAGGUCACUAUGGAACGACUACUGGCUCUGAUUGAUGAUGUCUACAAAUAUGUCGAUGAUGUUGUGGAAGGGCAUGUUGCACCAGAUAACAACAUUGGCAGAUUUAUAGCUGAUACCGUAGCAUCCCUCCCUAAACUGUCACCUUUGGCUUUGGAUAAACUUCUGAAUGACAACCUGCAGGAUCAGUUGUUACUGCUGUAUUUGUCUAGCAUAAUCAGGACGCAGCUUAGCCUAGCGGAAAAGUUGAACACAGCUGCUCAGAUCUUGUAAUUUCUGAGUGCUAAAUCCAUUUGCCAAGACAUGUAUACUUCCCAUUAGUUUAAUUUGUUAUUGAUACGCCGCUAAUUAAGGAAUGCAGAUUUUUUUUUUUUUUAAUUCCAGAGAAUGUCGUGUAAUAUUUCUUUUUCUUCUUCACUUUUUUUAAAGAAAAAAAAUAUUGAGUU